AAGCUGCACCUUUAGCAACCAUCUAGAAACAUGAGUGGAGAAAUAUAACAAAACUAAAAGAUCAACAUAUAGGAAGGAAAAAUUCUUGGAACCUAUACGUAAGACUGUAACAAAAUCCUGCAUAUGACAAAAAUUGCUGCGUCAACUGAUCCCUUUUCGGCUUUUCGUACGUCUUCAAACGUAGCAGCAUUAACUAAACUAAUCCCAUGAAGAAAUUCAUGUUUUAAGAAUGAAAAAUAGACUAACAAUGAAUGUGCCUUUAUUUGCAGAAUUUAAUAUGCACACGUAUUUCUUCUUUUUAUAUAAUAUAUAUAAGAGAUAUUUUUAUCUUGUAAAAUGAGAAAUAUACAAAAGAAAUGUUCACAAACACACAGAUGCAGUGUCUUGCCUGAAGAAAAGUGAUUAAAGCAAGGAAACCAAAUGAUGAGUUCAUCAGCAAGAAAGGAAGAAGAAUAUGAUGACGACGAUGCAUGCAUGUAUGCGUUGUUGUUGUCAACUUUUCAAGUGUUCCCUUUCAUAUUGAAUGCUGCUGUUGAACUCAACCUGUUUGAGAUAUUGUCUGAGUUAGCCCCCAACGGUGCAUACUCAUCGGUUUCCGAAAUCGCUUCAAAGCUUCCUUCACAGCACCCUCAACUCCACAACAGGCUGGACAGAAUGCUUCGUGUGCUUGCCAGUUUCUCACUUCUCAAUUCGAGUGCCGUCGUCGUCGACGGCGACAAGGUUGAGAGGCUUUAUAGUCUCUCACAUGCUGCUAAAUAUUUUCUCAAAAAUCAGAGUCAUAAUCUAGCUUUUUUCUCAAAUCUCAACUGCCACCCAGCUCUAACAAGGGUUUGGGUAAACAUUAAGGAUGCAAUUGUUGAUGGAGGAAUAGAGGUUUUCAAGAAGGUUAAUGGGAUGUCAGUGUGGGAGUACAUGGUGAAGGAUGCAGAACUGAGUGACACUUUCAACAAAGCAAUGGCAGGAAUGUCUGCCACACAUAUGAAGAAAUACUUGGAAGCAUAUGAUGGAUUUGAAGGAGUGUCAACGCUGGUUGAUGUUGGAGGAGGUACUGGACACUGCCUCAAAAUGAUCCUCUCCAAGUACCCUAAUAUUAAGGGUAUUAACUUUGAUUUGCCUCAAGUCAUUCAACAUGCCCCACCCUAUCCAGGUAUUGUGCACGUUGGAGGAAACAUGCAUGAAACUAUUCCAAAGGGGGAUGCCAUCAUGAUUAAGGCUGUUUGUCAUAAUUGGUCAGAUGAGAAGUGUGUAACAGUGCUGAAAAACUGUUAUAAAGCACUUGAAGAGAAUGGGAAAGUGAUUAUCUUUGAGAUGAUUAUGCCUGAAGAACCAGAUUCAAGCAAUGCCUCUAAGCUUGUCUCUGUUGUUGACAAUUCAAUGUUGCUUCAUGCUGGAGGCAAGGAGAGAACAGAGAAAGAAUUUGGGAAGCUAUGCAAAGACACUGGAUUCACCACUUACCAAGUUGUUUGCCGUACUCUUUCUGUUUUCGGAGUCAUAGAAUUUUAUAAAUAAAAUACAAGGAUCAAAUACAUGUUCUAUUUCUCAUUUAGAACGUGAUAUAUAUAGUGUGACUCCUUUUGUUUACUUAUAACUUUCUCC